ACUUUGUAUCAGAGAAAGCUUGCUCAAAGAUCAGAGAGAGUAAAGUCUGUGGAUCUGCAUCCUACCGAACCAUGGAUUCUUGCGAGUUUGUAUUCAGGAACCGUGUGUAUCUGGAACUACCAAUCACAGACCACAGCAAAGUCUUUUGAGGUUACAGAAUUACCAGUUAGGUCUGCCAAGUUUAUAGCACGCAAGCAAUGGGUUGUUGCUGGAGCUGAUGACAUGAUUAUUCGUGUAUACAAUUACAACACAAUGGAUAAGAUAAAAGUAUUUGAGGCACACACUGACUACAUUAGAUGUGUAGCUGUCCAUCCUACCCUUCCGUAUGUGCUGUCAUCAUCUGAUGAUAUGCUCAUAAAGCUUUGGGAUUGGGAGAAAGGUUGGAUGUGUACACAGAUUUUUGAGGGGCAUUCCCAUUAUGUGAUGCAAGUGACAUUUAAUCCAAAAGACACCAACACAUUUGCCAGUGCAUCUCUCGAUCGCACGAUAAAGAUAUGGAAUCUUGGCUCCCCUGACCCAAAUUUUACAUUGGAUGCCCAUCAAAAAGGUGUCAAUUGUGUUGACUACUUUACGGGUGGUGAUAAACCUUAUCUGAUUACUGGUUCUGAUGAUCACACUGCCAAGGUGUGGGAUUAUCAGACCAAAAGCUGUGUCCAGACAUUAGAGGGCCACACACACAAUGUCUCUGCGGUAUGUUUUCAUCCAGAACUUCCUAUAAUAAUAACUGGUUCUGAAGAUGGGACAGUUCGCAUAUGGCAUUCUACCACGUAUAGGCUUGAGAACACAUUGAAUUAUGGUCUUGAAAGAGUUUGGGCUAUUGGAUAUAUGAAAGGUUCACGUCGGGUUGUGAUUGGUUAUGAUGAAGGAUCUAUUAUGGUGAAGCUUGGUCGAGAAGAACCUGUUGCUAGCAUAUGGGCGAAACAUAAUGAAAUUCAAACUGUGAACAUUAAGAGUGUGGGAGCAGAUUUGGAGGUUGCUGAUGGAGAAAGACUUCCUUUGGCCGUUAAGGAGUUGGGAACCUGUGAUCUUUACCCACAGGUGAUAUGGCAUCCUUUUGGUCUCAUUUGAGUUCCAUUUAAUUAUGUUUGUGUUGUCAUUACUUCUACUUCUACCAUGUUAUCCUCAUGAUGU